GAAGGGGUCCGGCUAGCUGGAGGGCGAAGAACCAGGGAAUGCCGGAAGGAGCCGAGGGAGAGGGAGGCCUUCGGAAGAGCCUGAGGAGGGAGAGGAAGGCAAGGCCGGCGCUCCUCCGGGGACGGAGGAGGAGAGGCGGGGGAAGAAAGGGCGAGGAUUACUGGGAGGCGGGACUGGGAGCACUGGGCGGAGAGUCAAGACCGGAGCAGCUGCUUGGGAUUUUAUUUUGUUCCUGACAGGAUUUUGCGUGUGAGGGAGAGCCUCCUUGGGGACUACAAAGCCCGGAGCGACUUCCUUCGACGGACAGUUUCAGUUUUCCUGAGGAGAGAAGCGUCUCCUCGCCUUGGCCGCCGGGUUGAUCAGGGUCCCAUGCUGUUUGGCGGGAGGCGUUGCUCCUGGUAAGGCGCUGCCUGGAAGAGGAGAGGAGAAGACGGCUGGGAGGAGGAGGAUUUGCCCAGAGCCUCCUCCGAUUCCUCUUCUUCCUCCUCCUUCCCCGCCGCCGCCAUGGGGCUGCAGCCCUUGGAGUUCAGCGACUGCUACCUGGACAGCCCCUGGUUCCGCGAGAGCGUCCGCGCCCACGAGGCCGAGCUGGAGAAGACCAACAAGUUCAUCAAGGAGCUGCUCAAGGACGGGAAGAACCUCAUCGCCGCCACCAAGAGUCUUUCAGCUGCCCAAAGAAAGUUUGCUCGCUCAUUGAGAGAUUUUAAAUUUGAAUUUAUUGGUGAUGCAGAAACAGAUGAUGAAAGAUGUAUAGAUGCAGCCCUCCAUGAAUUUGCUAAUUUUCUGAAAAAUUUAGAAGAACAAAGAGAAAUAAUGGCCCUUAGUGUUACAGAAACUCUGAUCAAGCCCCUGGAAAGGUUCAGAAAAGAGCAACUUGGAGCUGUAAAGGAUGAAAAGAAGAAGUUUGAUAAAGAAACUGAAAAAAACUAUAGUUUAUUAGACAAGCAUUUAAAUAUGUCCGCUAAGAAGAAAGAAGCUCAGCUGGCGGAGGCUGACACACUAGUGGAGCAAACCCGAAAACAUUUCUAUGAGUUGUCACUUGAAUAUGUGUGUAAGCUACAAGAGAUACAAGAACGGAAGAAAUUUGAGUUUGUAGAACCUGUCCUGUCGUUUUUUCAGAGUAUGUUCACUUUCUACCAUCAAGGCUAUGAGCUCGCCAAAGAUUUUAACCAUUACAAAAUGGCUCUGCAAAUAAAUAUCCAGAAUACAAGAAAUCGUUUUGAGGGAGCAAGAUCAGAAGUAGAAGAGCUCAUGAAUAAAAUCAAGCUAAAUCCUCAGGAACAUAAAAGAGCGAAUCAGUUUACAAUGGAAGGUUACCUUUAUGUACAAGAGAAAAGACCUGCACCAUUUGGCUCCAGCUGGGUGAAACACUACUGCAUGUACAAGAAAGAGACAAAGAAGUUUACUAUGAUACCAUUUGAGCACAGGUCAGGAGGAAAACUUGGUGAACUGGAAGUCUUCCUCCUUAAGCACUGUAUUAAAAGGAAUACUGAUUCUAUAGAUAGGCGGUUCUGUUUCGAUAUGGAAGCAGUAGACAAACCUGGUAUAGCUAUGACAUUACAAGCAUUCUCCGAAGAGGACAGAAACCACUGGUUUGAAGCAUUAGAUGGAAAGGAUUCUGUUUUCCUCAACUUGAACAGGUCUAGUACAAAAAGGCAAGGAAGUGCGCAGCUAGAUAAGAUUGGGUUCACAGUUAUCAGAAAAUGCAUCAGCGCUAUUGAAACAAGAGGUAUAGAUGACCAAGGACUAUACAGAGUUGUGGGGGUGAGUUCAAAGGUCCAGAGACUACUGAAUUUGUUAAUGGAUGCAAAAACAUGUAAUGAACUUGAUUUGGAAAAUUCUAAAGAGUGGGAAGUAAAGACAAUUACAAGUGCAAUGAAACAAUACUUGAGAAGCCUUCCAGAACCCUUGAUGACGUACGAUUUACACAGAGAUUUCAUCAGUCCUGCUAAAAGUGGCAGUCCUGAGUCCCGUGUUAAUGCUAUCCACUUUUUGGUUCAUAAACUUCCAGAGAAGAACAAAGAAAUGUUGGAUAUAUUGGUGAAACAUUUAGCAAAUGUUUCAGACCAUGCAAAGAAGAAUCUCAUGACUGUAGCAAAUUUAGGAGUAGUAUUUGGACCAACGUUAAUGAGGCCGCAGGAGGAAACUGUGGCUGCCCUCAUGGACCUGAAAUUUCAGAAUAUUGUGGUUGAAAUCCUAAUUGAAAACCAUGAUAAGAUUUUCCAAACUCUGCCUGAUGCCACUUUCCCUGAGCCGAUCUCUGUAUCAGUGUCUCCUCCAAAUGCUCCGCCACGACAAUCAAGAAGACAAGGGCAACGUAAUAAGAGGCCUGUUGCUGUAUAUAAUCUCUGUCUUGAGCUGGAUGACAAUGACAGUCUUAAUCCUCCCAAAGAAUGCACACCCACUGGUAGCACCGAUUCUCUUUCUUCUCAGUCUCCAACAACUGCUACCCCCAACAGCCCUCCAGAUGAACAGAAAAACCAUCUUAUAAGUGAUAGUGGUGAUACAGGUGACUGGGCAGCCCAUCCUUCCAUUGAGAUUCAUUCAUCAAUGGUUUCCUGGACAAAUAUUCAGUCAAGCGCAGCACCUACCUCAGUUGCACCGCCAUCAUUAUCAUCAUUCUCCUUUCCCUCCCCUGGCAGAGAGACUGACAAACCAGCUGGAAGUAUUGUCAGCAGAAAAGCAAGAGCUGUAUAUCCAUGUGAGGCAGAGCAUAGCUCGGAAUUAUCUUUUCAAACUGGGGCAGUUUUUGAGGAUGUGCAUUAUUCACGAGAACCUGGCUGGCUUGAAGGAACUCUUAAUGGGAAAAAAGGCCUAAUUCCUGAAAACUAUGUCCAGUUUCUUUAGUAUUCAGCCCUGAGUGCCUGGAAGGUGUACAUGGUAUCCAUGGAUUUCUUUUUCUUUUUGAUACAGUUGCUCCUCUUGACUUCAAUUAUUUUUAAUGAUUGAGGAACUUGACAGGAAUUGAAGACCUUCAUCUGUGUAAGGAUUAAACCCUUUGCCAAAUAGGAGUUUUACAGUUGUGAUUUCCAUAAUUUUAUAUUGGAGAAGAACGUGAUUUACUUUUAUAAAAUGCUAUUUUAUGUUUGUAAAGAGUAAUAAUUAUAUAUAUAUAUAUAUCUGUGUAUGUUUGUAAAUUUACCAGAAUCUUAAAUCAAAUGGUUGAUUUAUGAACCACCUUCCAGUUAAACGAAGAUUGCAAAAAGUGUUCUUUCUGUUGUUCUGUUCUUAACUUUUGAGAGGUUUGAAGCACCAUGAUUCCAAAUUGUACAGAAAAACCUUCCAUAUUGACAAAUUAUUAAUUACUUAAACAGGUUACAAUCUCCCCUUAUUUAAAUGGUGGGAAAGAACAUCAGUUGAAACACACAGGAAGAAAAGACAAAUGUGCCUUACCAAUAUCCCCAGUAUGCAGAUGAUUUAAUAAAAUAGUGUGAUUUACUGGUAUAUUAAAAAAUUAAAGGUGUGUGUAUUAAUUGAGCUCCAUAAAAAUUCUGCCUUUUGUUGAAUGGGAGCAGAAUUGAAAUUGUCUGAAAUCCUAUUGGUGUAUUAUGCCAGAGCAAAAGUAAUAAUGCCAGCCAGUUGUUCUAGAACAGUGGUUCUCAACCUGUGGGCUUUCAAAUGUUUUGGCCUUCAACUGUUCUAGAGGGACACGUGUAGUCUUCUCUCACACCUUUGAGUUCUUUGUGGGGAAGUAAUUGACUGUUGCACAAAAGAGGAGCUCAAGGUCAUAGUGAAGCGUCUCUUUAUAAUAGGCCAAGUAACUAUAGGAUUCAAUAUAGCUAAGCUAGCUAUAUUUAUGCUAUGCUAAAAUGUAUAGAAUCUUGCCCAUAACCUUAUCUGCUGUAUAUUUGAGAAAUUUCUAUCUACUGCACUGUGGUAAUUCACUGUUUGUGAUCAUUAGCUGGUGGAAAUUUGCUAGGUAGGCCCAAAUGAGAGGUGAAAAGUCUUUGCUUGUAUUCUCACCCCAUAGGUCAAAUGGAGUAGUUUGAUGGUGGGAAGAGCCACUUUUCAUUCAGUGGAUUUAAAACUCUUCAUGAACCCCUUCUCCACCAUUAUGGGAUAGGGAAAUAUAAAAUUAUCCCUUUUGGAAAGUAGCUUGUGAGUGGGUGAGGAUGAAUUUUUGACAGAAAUAUAACAAGAAUUGAACUGUUUGGAUGGCACCUCAACUGUUUUAGGCUUUAAAACAAGUUGGGGACGUGCACUUGACUACAUGUCAUAUCUAGUUUGUACCUGCUAUUCACAUAACUUUAUGACUGAUCAAGGUCAUGUUAUACACUGCUUAUUUUCAAACAAUCAGAAGAGUGGAAAGAAUAUCAAAUGCUAGUUUUAAAUCACAGUAAUGCUACGCAAAAAGAACAAAAAGCUUAACACACAAUUCAUAUAUAUUAUUUUUCUGCUCUGUUGAGUCAUUUAAAUGCAACAUUUUUACAAUGGAUUUUUUUAAACAUUGGAUUUUCAGGGGAAGUAAUAUUUAACAGAGAUGGUAGAAGCACUGAAAGAGAAGUCAGGGACUUGCGCUGGGUAAAUAAAUGGUUGAAAGGGGUGCUCAUGUUGCUGUUGCCAUCUCUUUCUUCCAUCCCCAUUUCACUAUCUGAACUAAUGUACAUACAGGAUCUCCUCAAGAACCCAUUGCCACAAGCACAUCCCUAGAUGCAUGUGUGUUUUUCUGUGCAGUAGACUUAAAAACAUACAUGGUGAUGUACUAAAGGGAAGCCAAGAGUUCCCUUCAGCACUCAGUUCUAGCUCAGGCUGCCACAAGGGGAGUAGAUUAUCAGCACUGUAGCUUGCAAGUCUCUUUAGGAAGAUUAUAGGGAGUUUCCCCAAGAGGCAAUCCAUUACAAACACUGGGUUUGCAGUUUAUCCAAGGGGUACUGCCUUCCCCCAUUCCAUCCUAUAAUGGACAAAUGAAGCUCACCAGACGGGCUUGAGGAAUGCAGAUUUUUUACCCAACAGAGACAGAUUGCAAUUAUAUUCAUUUUGCUCUUGCUAUUCAGAUGUAGAUUUGGAAGGCGAGAUUUGAAUUCCUAUAUCCAAGUUCAUACCUGGUUCACACAGUUUGUAUAUGUUAUUCAUAUUUUUUUUUAUCCAACGGGGCAAAUCUUUUUGCUGAAGGAAGUUAAACAAAUGUCUGUUUUAAGAUUGUAUUUAAUGUUAAAUAAAAAGACAGUCAACUUUUUAA